UAGGAUCAUUUUAAAUGUGAAAUGUGAAUCUGAAAUCAAUUCUGAGAAAUCAAUUAAUAUACUUUGUUGGAAAAAUUGAUGAAGUUAUCUUUUUAACAUACAUACCCUGGAAAAUUAAGGCAUUUAUUUAUUUUGUUCUUAUUAUUAUUACUUUUUACUAUCGCGAUUAGAAAGAAAACUUUGAAAGAAACGAAUGUCGAAAAAUGAUCAUAACACUAUUAUUUUUAAAAUAUCAAAUGUUGAUGAAAUCUAUUAAUACAUAAAGUUUAACACUUCCCUUUUCUUGAACGUGAAGGUCAUUGGUCUCUUAUUUCACUACACUCCCACCACAAUCGUUCGAAGAAAUGAGAAAGUACAAGUCGCGUUACCUUGGUCGGUUUCAUUCUAAAGUAACAGCUUUACACAGGAUGGGUUAAAGCUACAAGUUAGAAUUCUGGUCCAUGAUUUCAAAAAGAAUAUUUUAAAGGUUAUUAAUUCUUAACAAUAUGUGGUGGUUUAUCUUAAUAAGUUGCUUUACUGUUACACAUUCAUUACGUCUCGCGGCAUAUAUUUCGUCUGGCGGACUACAUGGAGAAAUUCGAUUCGAAAAAGCUACGGAAACAUCCGUUAAAGUUCGAUUUUCUCUCCAACCUACUUUACAAUACCCGGAUCAACAAUGGUAUUGGUCAGUUACUCAAUUUCCCGUUGAUUAUACAUCUAUAAAUAAUAGAUGUGAUGAACAAUAUCUUGGAAAAAGUAUCAUCGACUUUACAGAAUUAAUUGGACCACUGGAUUUUCCUGGAAACGAAACAGGAACAGUGGAAGUUUCUGGCAUAAGUUUGACAGGAGAAAUGGGUUUAUGGGGCAAGGGUUUGAUACUGAAGGAUACAUACUCAGCUAGGACAAUUUGUACUUCAAUUACGGUACUGGAAAAAAAUAUAGAAAAAUUUGCAGAGGCACAUUUUUAUGGACCUAUAGCUGGAACUGUUUGGUUUCGGUGGCUAGGUGGUCAUGCUAGAGAUAAUACUACAGAUACAAUAAUUUAUGCAGACUUAUAUCAUGUUAAUAAACAAAAACUACAAAGUGUGGACUACACAGAACAUUAUUGGAAAAUUUAUGUAACUGAUAUUUUUGACCUUGGAAAAGAUAAGUCAAGUUGCAAUAUUCUACAAACUGUUUUUGACCCCGAUAAUGCUGGAAAUGGGAAAGCUAUUGGUGAUAUUGAUAUGCGUUUAGGCAAGAUAAAAGUAGCUACUAAUCAUCAUAAAAGGUAUAAAACUUUAUAUAGAGAUUCAGAACUGUCUCUCCUACCUGCUGAUUUACUUGGUCCUCAUCGCCUCAUAUACUUAGUAAUCUUUCAUCCAACGCACGAUGAUUCCUUUUUAGUGUGUACCAAGAUCAAUCGUUGGAAAACUAUUUCUACCAAAACUUUAAUUAGUUCUCAUGGUAUAAAAGGAGAAGUGACACUGACUCAAGGAACUCCAUUUGAGCCAACAUGGGUUAAUGUAUCCUUAACACCUGUCAAUGACUUAGAAACAAGAUUACGGUAUGCUACUAAGAUAAAAUCAUAUAAAAUUCAUGAAUUGCCUGCAGAAACAGCAAAAACAGUAAGUGACACUACUGAAAUAUGUAAAACAACCGGAAAAAUAUACAAUCCAGGCAAAAUUGAUGAAGCAACAGUUCCACCAGCAGGAUUUGGAACUCAAGAUCAAUAUGCUAUCGGUGACCUUUCGGGGAAACUUCAAGGUCGAAAAGAAGGAUCAUAUCAUUAUGACAUUUUAUCGGGAAGUGCCAAACUUAGUGGUAUUUAUUGGGACACAUAUCUUCCACUUUCUGGAAUUCACAGUGUAAUUCAUCGAGGUCUUGUUCUUCACAAGUAUAAUGAAACUGAUAAUAUGAGUACAAUACCUUGGCUAUGUGGUAUACUAAGUCCCCAUUUACCGGAUAAUAGUGGACAAGUGCCAAUGAUAACAGCACAAGCAAUAUACAGGUAUCCCAUUGUUGGAAGAAUAACUUUUCGCCAGUCACAAAAUAAUCCUCAAAUGGAUACGACUAUCAUAAUUGAAUAUUUAGUACAUGCAGAUGGUAACGCAUUAAACAACUCAGCAUCACAUAGAUGGAUGCUUCAUGAUAACCCACCAGGAAAAGAUUACUAUAAUUGGACAGGUAGAUGCUUAAGUACAGGAGACCCUUACAAUCCUUAUAAAGUAGAGUGGGAUUCAAAGCAUUCCGAAUAUUGUUCAUCAGCUGAAGUAACAUGUAGAGUCGGAGAUUUAACAAGACACGGUACAAUUGAUAUUGCUGGUAGAAAACUUUAUGCAUCUACUUUAACUCGAAAACUAUUUACGGAUACACUGUUAUCUUUAUCUGGACCUAAUAGUAUAAUAGGAAAAAGUUUGGUAAUAUAUGAUGAUAAUGGACCACGUGCAAGAGGAGAAAGAUUAGCAUGUUCAAUAAUUAGUAAAGUACACCGUCGCAAAGGUGUGGUAAAAGAUUGGUUUGGAAAUGGAGAAAACAUUUCAUUAAGAGGGAAAUUGGAAUUUAUACAACAAACCGAAUAUGAUGUUACAAAUGGAGAAAUAAUUCUUGAUGGUUUAAAUGGAAAAAUGAGUGGAUAUCAUGUACACAUGACUCCAGUAGAACCAGAUUUAGAGUUUCCAUGCGAAGGUACAUCUUUAUAUGGACACUGGAAUCCAUUUGGUGUCAAUGUAAAUAGUACACCACUUUCUGGAGAAGGUACAACUGAUCAAUACGAAAUGGGUGAUCUUAGUGGCAAAUUUGGAACUUUAGAAAACAGGAAAAGAUAUACAUCAGCUUUUAAUGAUACAAUGCUUCCUUUAUUUGGAUUAAGAAGUGUAUUAGGUAGAAGCAUAGUAAUUCACAAAAAAGAAAAAAAUUUAAGGUGGGCAUGCUCUUCUAUAGAAAGGGGAUAUUCACCAUCUGAAGCUAGUGAAUUACGAGCCAUUGCUUCCUUUCACCAUCCACAAGGAUUUGCAUAUGGAUAUAUAAAAAUGACACAAUUAGUACAUCGAGAUGGUAGUGAAAGUGAAACCAUACUUGAAGUAAAACUUCAUCAUCCUGGUAAAUACGACCGUAAUAUUACAAAAAAUCAUAAUUGGGCAAUAUAUGUAAAUCCGGUUGGUGUAGAUGCAACUGUACAAAUAAAAGAUACUAGAUGUGUGGCAGGCGGAUAUAUGUGGAAUCCCUACUUUACUCAGUUAGCUGAUCCUUUAAAUGAUGAUCUAUAUAGACAAGAAUGUGGUCCUGAUUUACCAUUAAGAUGUUAUCUUGGUGAUAUAUCUGGCCGAUUGGGUCCUAUUAAUAUAGGAUUAGAAAGACAAGUUUUUACAGAUUCAAACUUCCCCUUAGGUGGUUCAGUAUCUGCUGUGGGAAGAUCUAUCGUUAUUUUUGAUAAAAAUUUUGGAUCUAAUAGAUUUGCUUGUGCUAAUAUUGAACCUGACCAUGAUAUUGUAAAAUAUGCAAAUAUAAGAAAACCACCACGUUUUGUAGUUGCUCAAUUUUUGGAAGAUGUACGGAAAGUUAUGGGAAUUCCUGAAUGGAUGUUAUCUAUCGACAAUAGGAAAACUAAAAUCUUACAUAAUGGAGCAUGCAUUCAGUUUUUAUUACAUUUUAAAGGGCCACUUGCAAAUAAACUAGAACAAGAUUUUAACAAACUCAUGUCUACUGGACGAUUAGAUGCACAAAGUCUAUACAUUCCAGGAUAUGUUCCUACAAAACGUAAAUUAACUUUAGGAUAUCGCCAAUGUGGGAGUCGAGAUCCAAAUGAUAAAAGUUCUAAUUUCUUACUCCCAAAUAUGUGUUCACAAGCAAUACCACAACUGAUUUUAAUUGUAACUAUAUUUAUUAUAAGCAACAAUAUAAUGUAAAUUAUAUAUAUAUAUGUAACAUUGUUUCAGAAAUUUGCUAUGAUAUAUUAAUUUUAUUUUAAACUAUU